GCUUUCUUCGCCGAUAUUCGUGCGGUAUGGAUUGCACCACUUCAAUGGCAUGUUUUGGUGAUGGGUUGCUUUGCCUCGUUAAUUGCACCGUUCGGAGGAUUCUUUGCGAGCGGAGUAAAAAGGGCGUUCAAAAUAAAGGAUUUCGGACAUUCCAUUCCCGGACAUGGCGGUAUUACUGAUCGUAUGGAUUGUCAAUUUCUUAUGGGAUUAUUUUCCUACAUGUAUUAUCAGAGUUUUAUCAAG